AUGCCUGACCAGCCGCCUGCAGCGUGCGAAUUGCCUCAGAGAAUAAAGAAAGUGAUGGAGAAAUGGGGACCUAACGGCAGUGAAGCAUCAGAGACGGAGUUCAAAGAGCAAAUGGCUAAAAUCAUGAAAGACAUCGUCAAUUUUCACGGCGAAAUGGUUCUGUUAACGAACUACAUCAACAUCAACUACACAAGGCUGGCGAAGAUCCUGAAGAAGUACGACAAGAGAACCGGCGGAGUUCUGCGGCUACCGUUCAUCCAGAAAGUGCUGCAGCAGCCGUUCUUCACGACGGACUUGAUCUCGAAGCUUGUGAAGGAGUGCGAGAGCACCAUCGAGUCAGCGUCCCCGCAGUGGGAGAGGGAGGAGGAGGUGGUGGCGGUGCCGGGGGAUGGAAUAUUCCGGAACACAGUGGCGGCUCUGAUGAGGAUGCAGGAGAAUAUUGAGAAUUUGCUAGUUGUUGUAGUAGCUCAGCAAGGGUUUGGCGAUGACGAUGAGGUGGGGAAUUCCGCUGCAUCGGCGGCGAGUCGAGCGGUUCCGGCUCCGAGGCGGGCGAUCGGCGGGGGGAAGCGGAGGAGAGGGGCUAUAGUGGGGAGGCAGCCGUGUGAGGCAGGCCGGAGGAGGAUGUCGCUGGAGAGGAGGUGCAAGCUGCUCCGCCAUCUCUUUCGUGAGAGAAGGAGAUAG